CUAGUGUUUGAAGUAGCAAGAUGAGCGUUGGAUGGAUUGUUUUUCUCUUUCUUGCGUUUGGAGCUGUGGCACAUUGCAUAGUGUAUCACAUAUCACGUGCAAAGAAAACAUGGACCGCUGCUAUUGAGUAUUGUAAAUGCUACGGAAUGCGGCUGGCUGUGGUGGAUACACGGGAAAAGCAAAAGGCACUUGAACAGGCCCUCAUAAAAUCGCCAAUAUUCAACAAAUUCUUCACAUCCGUAUGGAUUGGGGCAAGCGACAGGGAACGAGAGGGUGUCUUCGUAUGGCAGCCAACGGCAGUACGAAUUAAAUACAGCAAAUGGGAGAAAGGAAUGCCGGACAAUGGAUAUGGCGGGGAAGAUUGCGUUCACGUAUUUUCAGCCAACUAUACCUCUCUGGAAUGGUUGUGGAACGAUUGGAGGUGUAAUGGCGUUUCCAAUAUUGCAUGUGAAAAAAUCGAAAAUCACAAAAAAUGUUAAUAUGUUAUUUGUCUUUCACUUAAACGGAUCGAAAUUCUUACCCAACUACCUUCACAACGCUCUGCUUUAAACCAACAAAAAGUUCGCUUUUUGCAAAUAUUAAAAACGUAAUGUUUGUCAACUUUUGAGCUCGAUAUGUCAGCCACAUUAAGUGAUCUCUUAUUCAGCAAGGGCCUCAGUUUUGGUGGAUUCACGUGCUGUGACUAGCACGUGGCUCUAUUUCGCGCUCAGUAGGUAUAAAAACCCAGAAUUAAGUCACUCGAUUAGACACUUACACUUAGGCCUACCAGAUCA